UUUUUAUUAGAAUUUUUAUUUAUUUUAACUUCUUUGCUCUACACUUUAUUUUUAACGCUUUAAAAAUGUCCUCCAACUUUGGUCGCUGUAUUAUCUGCACUUUGGCCUUUGAACGUGACGAUAUCUCUGCUUUGCGUUGCGGACACACAUAUCAUUUCGAAUGCAUUUCAACUUGGAUUAAUACCUCCAAAUCUUGCCCAACUUGCCGCAAGAAGAAUCUUCCGAGAGACAUAAUCCGUCUAUGUUGACGAGCCAGACAA